CUUCUCCACACAGAUUCAUGCAAUUUAUUCCUCCCAAUAAAAGGGUUAUUUUUACUUGAAGUAAAUGGGCGAAUCAAGGGCAAUGGUCUGGUUUGGAAAAGUCAUUAAAUAUUUAGACGAAUUUAGUAUUGAGCAGGAUGUAGAAUUCUCAACCGAAGCAAAAUGCCCUUGUCAAAGUACUAUUAAAGACGUUCGUGAAAUUAAAAACAUUAAGAACCUUCGUACAUUAGAAAACGCAGUGAGUGCUACCACUUCUUCACGUAUGCGACACAAAAAACUUCUUCCCAGCGCAUCAUUGAACAAUUUGAGACCAUCGACCAAAGCUUCAAGCAAGAAGUGCAGAUGUCUUCGAAAGCAAUGUCCUCAGCAGCGUGGAUAUGCAUUAUGUGCUCCAAAUGGUUACAACCUCCGUAAAGACUGUCUUGGGUAUUGCUUGUAUUCCUCUAAAAGUAAAAGCAUAGCUGAUUUUUAUCCCUAUGAAAGACGAAAUUAUGAAAAUGCAUCAGCUUAUAAAGGUUCCAGCAUAAUUACAAUGGCAAAAGGAAUAUCUAGAACACCACACACAUUAGCGAGAAGUAAGUUACUGAAUUUUGAGAAAGAAACAGAUCAGGAUUUGACUAAGCGAGCCCUGUCCUUCUCUCCCUCAAAAGUUCGACGAAGUGCAUUUUGUAAAGUAACCACAACGGAAAUACAAGCCCAGAUUAAAAACUGUGCUUUCAUGGAAAUCAUUAAGAAUUUGGUUCCAGUAGUGACACCUAAUCUGGUAGUAUCUAAAGAGAUGAGAACACAAGCUGCUGAUAUCAUAAGAGCUGUGUUUGAAGUUAUUGCGAAUACAGCAGGCAAACUGGCCAGUUCCAGGAAAUCUAAAACACUGACUACUAAUGAUGUUAAAACCGCUAUUGAGCUCUUGUUGCCAAAGCAGAGGGGUAAACUCGCUAUGCGAAAUGCGACAAUCAUAAUGAACAAAAUGAAGCAGACAGCUAAAAGUGUAAAUUCGGCGUUAAUCUCUAAAGCCAGUAACUAAGUAGCUACAAAUGAAGUACGAAAAAAUAAUUACGCACAGAAAAACAAAAUUCUCAAAAUAACGGGAGGAAUAUUUUGAGAAAGUUUUUUCUUAAAUUUUGAAAACUUCAUUUAUGUUUAUUGAAUUAAUAUGAGACAUCAUCAAAAGUAAUCAAUCAAUCAAAUUCACUAAAUGUAGUAUAAAUAAUCGAUAUAA